AUGCCCUCCUUCCGCCGGGCCCUCGUGGCCGCCGCCUUCCUCCUAACCCUCCUCUUUCUCCUUACGAGAUCCCACGAAACCGAGGCCUCCUUAGCAGCCACCAAGCCCUCCACCGCCAACGGCGCCGAAUCCUCCCAGAAGAAGCCCGUAGCCUCUUCCCAAGCAGCAGGCACCACCGCCAGCCAGCCUGACAACGAGCCGCCCUCCACCCAAAAACCCAUGAUCGACCUCUCAACAUUACCCCUACGCGAGCAGCUCGCAUACCAAUACCCCUACAACCUCCAGUCCAAGUUCCCCGCCUACAUCUGGCAAACGUGGAAGCGCACGCCGCAAGACCCCGACUUCGAGUUCCGCGACCAGGAAGCUAGCUGGACUGACGAACACCCGGGCUUCAUCCACGAGGUCAUCACCGACGACGUGGCCCUCGCACUCCUCAGCCUCCUCUACGCCUCCGUCCCCGACGUGCUCGACGCUUACAAGUCCCUCCCGCUACCUGUCCUCCGCGCUGAUUUCUUCCGUUACCUCAUCCUCUACGCCCGCGGAGGAAUCUACUCUGACAUUGACACUUUCGCCCUCCGGAGCGCCCUCGAGUGGGUGCCCACCACCAUCCCCCGGAAGUCCGUCGGCCUCGUCAUCGGUAUCGAGGCUGACCCGGACCGCGAGGACUGGGCUGAGUGGUAUAGUCGCCGCAUCCAGUUCUGCCAAUGGACUAUCCAGGCGAAGCCCGGCCACCCCGCCCUGCGCGAGGUCAUUGCUCGCAUCACCGAGGAGACGCUCAAGAGGAAGCGCGACGGCACGCUCUUGAAGACGAUGGAUAAGAACGUCAUCGAGUUUACAGGCCCAGCUGUGUGGACCGACGUGCUCUUUGAUUACUUUAACGAUAAGAAGUUCUUUGACAUCAAGGCCACUGGCGCCGUUGUGGAUUGGCGCAACUUUACGGGUAUGGAGGUGCCGAAGAAGGUUGGCGAUGUUGUGGUCUUGCCUAUUACUGGGUUUUCUCCUGGUGUGAGGCAGAUGGGGGCUAAGGAUUAUGAGGAUCCGCAGGCCAUGGUGAGGCACGAUUUUGAAGGCACCUGGAAACCGGAAAACGAGCGCCAUAUUGGUGAAAUCUUUGAAGACUAA